UUGAGACAUCAAAGUUAAGUAUCGCGAAGCACGCGGGAGAUGGGGCCGUUGCCCGCUGGUGUAGUUUUGUAGCAGACUUGAGGAGUUGGACGCUUUAGCUUUGGGACUCGAGACUUGAGAGCGUGGUAGAGUUCUCUCGUUGAGUUGAGAAUUGAGAUGUCGAGCUAUACAGAGGUUUCGCAGGUUAAUGCCGACGAGGAGGCGCACUUCGUCGCUGCUUCCGAGGUAGCCCAAGUCGACACCAACAACAAGGAGGCGGCCCAGAGUAUCGGCGAAGCUAUCCCUUCUUUGCCCCCGCACGUGGUGAAGGAUUUGUUGUCAAUCGGGGUAUGUGUGAGAUGUAUCUUUCGAUUUUUUGGGGUUCGUGGCUGUGCUUAUUCAUGCUUGUCACUCUUACCAUCAGACUUGCAUCAUUCAUCUGUUGAAGAAUCAAAAGAUUCCCAUGAUUGUUCGGUUGGCUUCUGCUUCAAAGCAAGUGAAAAUUUGAACUGUGUACUCGCUUUUCAAGAAUCAGAAGAUGAGCCAGUAUUUUGCAGCAUUUGUUUGGGCAUACUGCAAUUUGCUUAUAGUAAGGAGAAAGAAAUGUUGGUUAAAAAAGAUUCUGCAAGUGAAUUCGCAGUAUCAAUUGCUGAACUAGUGAAACAAGAGGGCCAUCAGAUUGAGAGCUUUUCUCUUGAAGUCUCUGUACCACCAAUUAUCUUGGCAAAUGAGCGUGCAAUUUGGUUAUAUAUGAAAACAAAGUAUGGAUCAGAAUCCUGGUUCCAAGAAAAAUUGCUUACAGAACACACUUCUGUGAAGGAUGCAUUGAAAUUGUCAAUCAUGGAUUCACUUGGAUCCUUUUUGGCUAUAAAUAAUGGUGUCAGCUCUUUACGUAUUCGUCUGACGUACACUCAUGCUAAAGCAUCAUUAAAUCUUCAGAAUAUUCUAGAAAGGGAUCAGGGUUGCAAGAGAAGGAAAACAGGCUCAGAAGACAACUUGGUUGCACCUGGCUCAGAGUUUUCUGAACAGUCUGCCCGUGAAGCGGAUGCAGUCUUUCGCAGGUCUCUCGAUGGGUUGCCUGAUCAUUUAUUUUGUGAACGCUUCACAUUGCCACCAGAGAGGGUCAACCAACCAUGUCACUUGGCAUUUCAGUGCUACAGGACACCUAUCUACAUUGGUGGGAGGUACUUGAAGUAUUCUAGAAAUGUGAGUCAAACACGGUGGAUUAUUGAUGAUGAAAGAAUGGGACAAGCAUCUGUUGAGGAGAUAAUUGGAAGCAACAUGCUUCCUAUAUUACGAGGUGAUGACUACAAGUUCCAUGCAGCCGGUAGAGAGGAUAUUGAUGUACGAAUGUUGGGUUCAGGUCGGCCUUUCCUGAUUGAAGUACAAAAUGCACGUGAUGUUCCAUCUUGUGUGGCUGUCAAACAAAUGGAACAGAAAAUAAACAACUUGGAAGACAGAUUAGUUGCAGUGAAAAACCUCAAGGUUGUUGGGAAUCAAGGGUGGACAUUGAUGCGGGAAGGAGAGGCAGAAAAGCAGAAACAAUAUGCAGCGCUUGUGUGGAUUUCUCGCCCACUUGAGGAAGAGGACCUACUGACUAUAUCUUCAUUUAAGGAUAUGCGUAUUUUGCAGAGAACCCCAAUUAGGGUACUUCAUCGUCGAAGCCCAUUAGAACGUGAAAAGAUUAUACAUUGGAUGAAAGUUGAGAAGAUAACUGGAAGCUCUCAGUAUUUUCUAUUGUAUUUAUGUACUCAGGCUGGAACGUAUAUCAAGGAAUUUGUUCAUGGAGAUUUUGGACGGACCAACCCCAGUAUUGGUUCAAUCUUAGGCUGCAGAGCAGAGAUAUUACAGCUUGAUGUUACUGAUGUGAAGAUGGACUGUUUUUUAACCGAGUGACACUGUCAAAAAAUAGUUUUGGCUUUAAAUCAAAGGUUAGUUGUACUUUCUGCUUGUUUUGUGUAAGAACCACAUUUCUAUACACACUUUACUUAUGUAAAGCCUUCUAACACCAU